UAAUAAAACUAACAAAAUUGUCAACCAUAGAUCUCGCAAAAUCGCGAACUGGGAACGAGAUAUCCCGAGAUCUACCCGUUUGGUCUUUCCGUGCCGAAGCCGAAAGGCUAUCGUUGAAACACACAUCAUGGGGGCCUACAAGUAUAUGCAAGAGCUGUGGCGCAAGAAGCAGUCCGACGUAAUGCGGUUCCUGCUCCGUCUGCGUUGCUGGCACUACCGUCAGCUCAACACGUGCCAUCGGGCCCCUCGUCCCACCAGGCCUGACAAGGCUCGCCGCCUUGGCUACCGUGCCAAGCAAGGCUACGUGAUCUACAGGAUCCGUAUUCGCCGUGGUGGUCGCAAGAAGCAGGUGCCCAAGGGCUGCACCUACGGAAAGCCCAAGAACCACGGUGUGAACAGCCUGAAGCCUGUGCGCAACCAUCAGUCCAUCGCCGAAGAGCGUGUGGGCCGGCGCUGCAAGGCCCUGCGGGUGCUCAACUCGUACUGGGUGGCCCAGGACUCGACGUUCAAGUACUUUGAGGUGAUCCUGGUGGACCCGUUCCACAAGGCGGUGCGCCGGGACCCCAAGGCCAACUGGAUCUGCGAGGCGGUGCACAAGCACCGGGAGCUGCGGGGCCUCACCUCGGCCGGCCGCAAGUCGAGGGGCCUGGGCAAGGGGCACCGCUACACCAAGACGGUGGGCGGGUCCCGCAGGGCCUGCUGGAAGCGCAGGAACACGCUGCAGCUCAGGCGCAAGCGUUAAUAAACGGGGCUGCCUCCGUC